CGUGGGAGCCACGGGUAGGGGUGGGACUCGCUUUAGUGGGAGAGCUGGGGGCCGGGGCCGUGUUCGGACGCCCAUCUGCCGGCUUCUCUCGCUCCGUGGAUUCGGAGGAGCGGCCGCGACCUCGGCCUCCAGCGUCUCCAGCAAACUGUAGUGGAUGCUGUGGCGGCCAGGAUGCUGCUGCUGGGAUUACUGCAGGCGGGCGGGUCUGUGUUGGGGCAGGCGAUGGAGAGGGUGACCGGCGGCAACCUCCUAUCCAUGCUGCUAAUCGCCUGCGCCUUCACGCUUGGCCUAGUCUACCUGUUCCGCCUUGCAGUCGGCCACCUGGCCCCCAUGCCGCCCGGGGCGAAAAGUCCACCAUACAUUUUCUCUCCAAUUCCAUUCCUUGGACAUGCCAUAGCAUUUGGGAAAAGUCCAAUUGAAUUCCUAGAAAAUGCAUAUGAGAAGUAUGGACCUGUAUUUAGCUUUACCAUGGUGGGCAAGACAUUUACUUACCUUCUGGGGAGUGAUGCUGCUGCACUGCUUUUUAAUAGUAAAAAUGAAGACCUGAAUGCAGAAGAUGUCUACAGUCGGCUGACAACACCUGUGUUUGGGAAGGGAGUUGCAUAUGAUGUCCCUAAUCCAGUGUUUUUGGAGCAGAAGAAAAUGUUAAAAAGUGGCCUUAACAUAGCCCACUUUAGACAGCACGUUUCUAUAAUUGAAAAAGAAACAAAGGAAUACUUUCAAAGUUGGGGAGAAAGUGGAGAAAAAAAUUUGUUUGAAGCUCUUUCUGAGCUCAUAAUUUUAACAGCUAGCCAUUGUUUACAUGGAAAGGAAAUCAGAAGUCAACUCAAUGAGAAAGUGGCACAACUGUAUGCAGAUUUGGAUGGAGGUUUCAGCCAUGCAGCCUGGCUGCUACCAGGCUGGCUCCCUUUGCCGAGUUUCAGACGCAGGGACAGAGCUCAUCGAGAGAUCAAGAAUAUUUUCUAUAAAGCAAUCCAGAAACGCAGACAGUCAGAAGAAAAACUUGAUGAUAUUCUCCAAACUUUACUAGAUUCUACUUACAAGGAUGGGCGUCCUCUGACAGAUGAUGAAGUGGCAGGCAUGCUUAUUGGACUGCUCUUGGCAGGGCAGCAUACAUCUUCAACUACGAGUGCCUGGAUGGGCUUCUUUUUGGCCAGAGACAAAACACUUCAAGAAAAAUGCUAUUUAGAACAGAAGACAGUCUGCGGAGAAGAUCUGCCUCCUUUAACUUACGAUCAGCUCAAGGAUCUAAAUGUACUUGAUCGCUGUAUAAAAGAAACAUUAAGACUUCGACCUCCUAUAAUGACUAUGAUGAGAAUGGCCAAAACCCCUCAGACUGUGGCAGGGUAUACCAUUCCUCCAGGACAUCAGGUGUGUGUUUCUCCUACUGUCAAUCAAAGACUUAAAGACUCAUGGGUAGAACGCCUGGACUUUAAUCCUGAUCGCUACUUACAGGACAAUCCAGCAUCAGGAGAGAAGUUUGCCUAUGUGCCAUUUGGAGCUGGGCGUCAUCGUUGUAUUGGGGAGAAUUUUGCUUAUGUUCAAAUCAAGACAAUUUGGUCCACUAUGCUUCGUUUAUAUGAAUUUGAUCUCAUUGAUGGAUAUUUUCCCACUGUGAAUUAUACAACCAUGAUUCACACCCCUGAAAACCCAGUUAUCCGAUACAAACGAAGAUCAAAAUGAAAAAGGCUGCAAGGAACUAAUAUGUGGAACAUCACUGUAAACUGCAAAAAGCAUUUGAAGUGAAUGAAGUUUACGAAACAACUCGUGGUAUAUUCUUUGAGUGUAAUUUUAAAAAGCUUAACUUAUGGUUUUUAUAUUUUCUUAACUGAAUGGUUACAUCAAAUCUAAUGGCAUUUGAGGUAUUUCCUAAUAGUUUUAUGAUGGGUAUAUACUGUAGAUGCUUUAAGAAAAUCAAGUUCAUUAAUAAGGAAUUAGGGGGAUCUUGGUAAUUGACAGACUCUAAACAUAGUUUCUAGAUAUUUAACAACAAAAAUAGCUCUUGGCAAAUAAGUUCAGGGUAUUCAAAUCAUGAUCUAUAAGUAUAAAUGCCUAGGGAGAUUCUUAGAAACCUUAGGUUAUUUAUUUACUCGGUAGUGUUUGUGUGUGUGUGUGAGUGAAGAUGAGUGGGUAGGGAAGAAACUCACAUUUAAAGCCUUGGAUAAAAGAGAAUCCCAUCAGUUGUUUUGGUAUGAUGAUACCCAGCAAAGAUGGAGCUAUGCUGUAGUUGAAUGUCCUUUGAAAUUUUAAGUGGAAGUAUUGUCUCCAGGAAAUUGAGACUUAACAGUGACUUAAUAAUACUAAAGACUGCACAUGUAUCUUGAUCUAAUUAUUUAAAUAUUACAGAUAAAUUUGUAUCUGGUUCCACAUAGUCACAUGUGUGUGAAAGCCCAAAAUAAAGUCCUUAAAGGAUACUUUUUGUUC